CAAUACAAUACACGUAAUUUCAGUCACAACAUCAAACGGCGCACAGUCGCGGUACACGUACUCAUUAUCGAUCAAAAUCACUUCGCAAACUCCAUUUCCGUCUCUCCUCGAAAGUUCAAGCGAUUGAAUGUUGGCUUACUCUGCUAUUAUCAGAAGGCAACAGUUCUUGAUAAGGUCGUUGGGAGGUUACAGUAACAAUCACAAUUAUCAACGGAACAGAAUGCAUUCUAUGAGCCUAGAGGCCGACGCUCUCAACAUCCUCAGAUCAAUCACUCCAAACCUUGACCCAACCAGGCAUAAAGGCCAAGCUGGGAAGAUAGCUGUUAUUGGUGGCUGUCGUGAAUACACAGGUGCUCCAUACUUUUCUGCUAUAUCAGCUUUAAAAAUUGGUGCAGAUUUGUCCCAUGUCUUCUGUACUAAAGAUGCAGCUCCAGUUAUAAAGGGCUACAGUCCCGAGUUAAUUGUGCAUCCUGUCUUAGAAGAGUCUUACAAUGUUAGGGAUGAGGACAAAGGAUCAAUCGCAGCCAGGGUUCUUGCUGAUUUUGAUAAGUGGAUGGAAAGAUUUGAUUGUCUUGUUAUUGGUCCAGGCCUUGGAAGAGACCCAUUUCUUCUGGACUGUGUGAGUGAUAUCAUGAAGCAUGCAAGGCAGUCAAACAUCCCGAUAGUCAUAGAUGGGGAUGGGCUCUUUCUUGUUACAAACUCUCUUGGUCUGGUUAGUGGUUAUCAGUUAGCUGUCCUGACCCCAAAUGUCAAUGAAUAUAAGCGUCUUGUUCAGAAAGUGCUAAAUUGUGAAGUAAACGAUCUAGAAGCUCACGAGCAGUUAUUAUCUCUAUCCAAAAGGAUUGGUGGGGUAACCAUUUUAAGGAAAGGAAAAUCUGAUCUCAUCAGUGAUGGAGAAACAGUCAAAUCAGUGAGCGUCUAUGGUUCUCCUCGACGCUGUGGAGGCCAGGGUGAUAUACUUUCUGGAAGUGUUGCUGUAUUCCUGUCUUGGGCGCGUCAGUGUAACUUGGCUGCUGAAGGGAAAUUGAGUAUGAAUCCAACCAUGUUGGGGUGCAUUGCUGGGUCUGCUUUAUUGAGGAAGGCAGCGUCAGAUGCAUUUAAGUACCAUUAUAGGUCAACCCUCACCAGUGAUAUCAUUGAGCGCUUGGGAAUAUGUUUUGAGGAUAUCUGCCCAUGCCGUUAAUGCCUGAUAAUGAGAGGUGAAAUUGAUGGUCGUGGCCUUCGUCAGGGUUAAACUGCCAUGGUGAGGAACUAUGACCUGUGCUUUCCAAACUACACUUUGUCGUCGCCAUCUUCUUCAGCUUGUUCUUCAUCUUCCUGGUCGUGUACGAGUUCAAAUUGUCUUUUCCCUCUCGUUUGAGGGUUAGUCAAUAAAUUUAAGUGCACUUGUUCACUCUUUUUAGCAAGAGUAGGGAAUAAUAUAGUUGUGUCAAGGGCGCGUGAAGUUGUCAUAUAGAGAUGUGAAGUUUAGAUGAUGCAAAUGCAGCACUUUUUUUGUUUACAGAAGUCUCUCUCUACUACUUGGUGUCGGCUUUCUAAAAAAUGGAGGAAGAGACUCCUAUUCAGAUUUAGUUUUUUAUUAUUCACCGGGGAAGUUUAUUAUUAGCAUUUUCAUUUUCAUUUUCAACUUUCCCAAAUGACAUGACAUUCAUGUUACAUGACAGCUUCAAUAAGGCAUUUCAAUUAUUAUAA